AUGGCGAAAACAAGAAGAGCUGAUCCACCAAUUAAAACUUUGUCAAUUGUGGGGACUAUUGUGGUAAUAUCAGUAAUUAUUAUUAUCAAAUUCAUUAGUAGUUCUCACUCUCAUGAUAUUGAAAACAUCAUAGAAAAUUUGAAUAAAGAAAUUAAUAGCAAUAUUGAUAGUGUCUCAAGAUUCAAAUCGAGAGGGAAAUCUGAUGACAAGGUAUUGUCCAGAUUGGAAGAACUAAUAUCAGACGUUCUCACUGAGCAAACAAGGCAAGCAGAUGAACUAGUAAAACAAAGAAAACUAUUGGAAAAGAAAGUUGCUGAACUCAAACAAAUGCCAGAAUCUGGUAGUUUAAGAGAGAAGUUAGCUUACACCUUUGAAUACAACACUGCAAGAAAAUUCCCUGCUUAUAUCUGGCAAACUCAUGUUAAACCAAAUUCUAAAUCAGCUCCAAAGCAAAGAGCGAAUAAAGCGAAUAGAGGCAACUGGGAAAACAAGAAUCCAAGUUUUGUGCAUGAAUUAUUUGAAGAUAUGGAUGUCAUUUCUGCUAUGGUUCAAUAUCAUUAUUCUUCCAUCCCAGAUGUAGUAGAAGCUUAUAUGUCUAUGAAAUCAGACAUAUUAAAAAUCGAUUUCUUUAAGUACUUAAUUCUAUUGGCCCGUGGUGGUGUCUAUUCAGAUUAUGAUACUGAUCCUAUUCAACCAAUCCCGAAUUGGAUUCCUGAGUUCAUAAAUCCAAAAGAUGUCGGUAUAAUUGUCGGUGUAGAAUAUGAUUUAUCCUCUGGAUCACUGCCAAAGAACUAUGAAAGAAGAUUACAAUUUGCAACUUGGGUGAUUCAAUGUAAGCCAGGUCACCCAAUAAUAAGAGAAAUUGUAGCUCAAAUCACAGAAACGACUUUACAACGUAAAAGAGAUGGCGAAUUAAGUGUAAAUACCAGGGAUUAUAAAAAUAUCAUUAAUUGGACUGGAUCUGGUGUAUGGACAGAUAUUAUAUUCUCUUAUUUCAAUAAUUAUUUACAAAGUGGUUUAGAUAAAAAGGUUGUAUGGAAAGAUUUCCAUAAUCUACUUGUACCAAAAUUAAUGAGUGAUGUACUAGUUUUACCAAAGUUUUCUUUCAAUGCUCCAGAUAAUAAGCUGGACGGCCACCCUGAUAGAACUUAUCACUACUGUACUCAUGAUAAAAAGGAGUCCUGGAAAAAGGUCCCUACUUUGUAA